AUGAGGGGACGUGGAAGGGUUAAGAAGCCUAGAGGACCGGUUCGACUUCCUGCUCAUACAAGUCAAGAGGAGGCGACUACAAAUGACGUACAAGAGCAUGAGCCGCAGUUACCACGGACAUCGACGGGACUUGGGGAUACGGAGCUUCAGAUAUGGGUACCACUUGCAUCCGGUGUACAGCCAUGUCAUAGGGAUCGAUCAUGUCCACCAGUUCCACCAUGUACCGAUGCAUUGCCUCCCCGUCCCCUUCCACCUCCUCACUGUCCCACUCUAGCUCCACGACCUUCGGUAUCACAUUCACAGUCAGCUCAACCUGCGUCCUCUUCUACUACUGCAUCAGCUAGAGGGACAGGAUCUGCAUUAGCAUCUACUCUAUUAUCUGCUCCAGCAUCUACUCCAGCAUCUGCAGGUUCGACCACUACUGUAGAAGGUACACAUUUACAUCCAUCGGAGAUGUGCAGUCGCAGGAUUACUCUGAUAAUAAAAGAAAGAUUGGUCACGGAAGGGCACUGUUGGAUGACAGUGCCAAAUGACACUAAGGAGUUUUAUUGGCAGGAAUUCAAGAAAUACUUCCUAUGGGACCAAGCAAUUGACAGCUUGGGCCAAAUUGCAUGGCAGAAAAAGGCUGCUGAGAGAUACAAGGGCUUAAUGUGGGAAAUCAGGAAAGGGAAGACGAAGAAUCUGGCUAUACCAGAUUCUGUUUUGAGGAAGUGGCAGGAAGCUUGGAACACUUCUGAAUAUAAAGAGAAGUGUGACAAGUUUUCUGCCAAUAGGCGCAGUGAGACUGGAGGGUCAGGAUUUGGCAUUUCUAGGCAUGCUUACGGAUCAGUUUCACAAUACACCCACCAGCAGAGGAUGAGAGAAAGACUAGGAAGAGAACCACAUCCUCAUGAGCUUUUCGAGGCCACACAUAAGAAAAAAGGAACGGAGGAGUUUGUUGAUGCUAGGUCAAAAGCUAUUUAUGAUAAAUACGUACAACUAAAGGAGGCAGCAACACAACAACAGAAGGGAAGCAAUGAGCCGACACCCAUAAAUGAGGCCCAGCUUUACUACGAAGCGGUUGGCGGGCAGAAAAAGAGUCGAGUUUAUGGAUUAGGGUCCCAGGCUUCUGCAUAUUUUCAUGAGACAUCUCAUUGUUUCGCUUCAUACACGUCUGCACCCCUAGUGGAUCCUCCUACAAUUGAAGCAAUGAACAGGAUGCAAAAUAAAAUUGAUCGGCUAGAGACAAAGAAUGGUCGAAUUACCACAGUGGUGGAGGAGUUGCAAGCGUUUAUGCAUAGGAUGAUGGCACAACAGGGUAUUGGGACAUCCACUCAGACAUCUGCUCCUAGGGUACCUCCAGCUCCGUCUCCACAGCAGUGGCAUGAUGAUGCCCCUGUCAUUGGUGAUCAUCAUACAGACAGUGAUAAUGAUAUAGAUGAUGAGCUUGCUAGUUUAGUUUAG